AUGGCAUGUUGUGCGACUUACCACAACAGACCUAACAGCAAAAACAAGCAAACGCAAACGCUUCCUGUGCGUCCAGCACUGACCGAAAUACAGACUGUUCCUCCUAUCCCGAGACGCAGAUUCAGAACACCGGAAGCAACAACUAAAUCGCAUGCUACUUGA